AGACACUUUUACAUUGUUAAAGAAGAAUACCCUUUUUCUGAACCUACAGUUUUCUUUUCUUUUCUUUUUCUUUUCCAUUUCUUUGCAAAGAAAAACCCCAUUCUGUUCUACAUUUGAGAGUUUUCUGUGGCGAUGGAGAAGCAGCUCUGUUGCUUUCAGUGGAUUUCUCUGUUCUGUAGUCUAAUGCUUGCAGCUGUUGCUUCUUCAAAGCAACAUGGAAACCCUGCAAAUGAUCUAGUUGAUAUAAUCAACAAGAACCGUACAGCCCUAAGGCUUCAACAAUUGAACAACAGUCCUGGUCUUGGUUGCAUGGCAUUGCAGUAUGCAGAGGAAUGCAAGGGGAACUGCACGGGCAACAACACAGUAAAUUGUCAACCACCAGAAGAUGACUUCACUGAAGUUUUUGCUCCCAAUUGUGGCGUUGAACUACCAACUUUUGGCACCAUUUCAGGCCACAUUGUGGGGUGUCAGCACAAGUAUCUUGAGCCAUCCGAAGCCUUUUCUCGUGUGCUUGUUCAAGACAAGAAAACUCUCUCUCUCCUUGAAAAUAAAACGCAUACCGAAGUCGGAGUAGGCUUGAUUGGGACUCACAAAGGGUUUUAUUGGUGUGUUUUGUUUAGUAGUAGUCAAACAAAUUCUUCAUUUGUACUUGAAGAUCUAGGUCAAGGGAUUAAACAGAAGAAAGGGUGUUUCAGUGGGACAAGUACUCCUUGCAGCAGUGGACAGAGAAAAAAAAGCAUGUUUUUCAACAACAUUUUGACAAUGUGCUCUCUGUACACUUUUCUGUUGCUAUGAGAUUUUGUUUCGUUUCAGCUGACGAAGAGAAUAUUAGGAGGAAUCAUAUGAUGCAAUUUUCUGGUUACCAUUUCGAAUAUAUUGAGUUGUAAUUUUUGAAUUGUGAGAAUGUUGAUAGUAUGUUUGUUUUGUUGUAUAUCAUGAGUUCAUAACUUUACUUUGUUUU